GGCAGAGUUCGUAUAAAACCUAAAUCCAUCCAGCCACAUGACACACAUAGUUCCGUCUCCUACCUGCUUACCUUCAGCAAUUAAUACCUACGUCAGUCAUCUACAUGCCUAUGACCUAUGUAUGUGUGUAUGUUGUGUGUGUGUGCGGCACGACACGGCACAUGAUCGAUCCUAGCUGGCUUCUGGCUGCAUGGCCGUCGCUCCGUUCGUCGAGCUAGUGUCACUCGAUCAGUGGUCAUGGCCUUCAUGCCCGUUGUCUUCGUGUUCAUGUGCCGUCUCCUCUAACACACCGAUCCCCGCCAUGAGGCCUGCACACAGGCAUACAUUACACACACAGACAGAGACACACACACAGACACACAGAGACACGGGAAUCUCUCUCUCUCUCGCCCCUCCGCCUCUGUGUGAGUGUGUGUGCUCACCGAGUGCGAUGGCCAUCAUCGUGACGGCAACGAGGAUUGCCAUCCAUUUCUCUAUCGUCACCCCCUGCUGCUCUUGCUCUCCUUCCUUCUUGAGCAUUGUCAGCUCGCCAUAGAGCUUCAAGGCGAUGGGUGUCAGCAGAAACAGCGCGAUGGUCAGCCAGGCGCCGCACGUGAAGGCCAGGCAGUAGCGCUCAAAGUCUUCCACCGCCGAUUCAAGCACUGUCGAGAAGCCGAGACCCACCGCAAUGCCGAUGAGGGAAGUAGUGGAGGCCGUAAUGUUGACGGCUAUGACGAGGCAGUUGCUGAGGCCACUCAAGCGCAGCACGGCAUAGUCGCUCAUCUCCUGUGUAGAUACAUCCGUUUGUUAACACACGCAUUGAUUGGCGGCUGGAUUCACUAUAUGUGUAUGCGCCACGGAGGCGCUAUCUCUUUCUGUCUUUCUCUGUGUGCGGUGCUGACGGACGGACCUGGGGGAUCUCGUGCGCCAGAAUGGCAAUCGAAGUCACCAGGCCGACAAACCACCCCACGUACCAGGAGACACCUGGUCAGCAGACAGAUACAUUCGCGUACACAUAAUCGAUCCAUCCACAGUCAACAAUUGACGCGCUCCCUCAGCCAGUCGGUCGCUCGCUCACCAACAGCGAUCCCAUCGACAAAAUUGCAGACCACAUCGCCGGCCAGCGCCGCCCAACCGUACGACUCCACCGACCGCCAGUCGAACCCGCCUUUCUUGCCACUCUUCUCCACGUCACCUCCGUGUGCAUCCGCACCUGCAUUAUUGCCCUCCUCCUUCUUCUCCUCACACGUGUCUCCAUCGUCAGGGGGAACCACGGUGAACAUCAUGACGGUGGCGGGUGUGCGGUCUGGUGCAGGAGCGGGAGGGUGUUUCUUUGGGUGGCUGUGGAAGCUGUGCAGCAGCUGGGAGAAAAGGAGCACGGCCAGGCAGCCGACGAACGCCGUGAUACCCAAAAAGGUGACCUGGCUGUGCGGGGCGCCCUCGACGGCAUGUGGGUAAAUGUGCAUCAGCGAGUCGCUCUGUCCCCCACAACCAGCACACACACACACACACACACACCCCUCUUCCCACAGUUCGCCGACUGAGUGUCGUUACGUGACUCUGUGUAAUUUGGUUGGUGUGUGGGUGACUGACCACCAUGACAGAGAUUGAGAGGACGACAAGCGCGAAUUGGAGCACCGCGCCAAUCGCGCCCUUUCCUAUGAACUGCAAAAGGAACGCGCCAAUCAGACUAUUCACCGACAGUAUCACGCCUGCAGCACACAGGAAAUCACACACGAACGUGCAUGCCACAAAGACAGCGACCAAGUGCUUCCCCUGUCGACACGCACCCGUGACGAUGGCGGCCGCCCAUUUGUAUUCGAGCGGGAAGUUCUCAUCCUCCUCGUGGUCGUCGUGGUCAUCAUCAUGGUCAUCACCAGAAGCAGAGGCCGUACGAAGGACGACCAAAGCGAGAGAUGUGGCGAGCAGCAGGCGCAAUGGCGAUAGGGACAUUCUUGUAAGAGUCAGAGAACCCAGGGUGGUCGAGGAAUCACCUCCGACUGCUCGAGUAGAGUGGUGACCAAAGAGGGACUCAGGAAAGGGAGAAUGAAGCUUGACGUAUUGCUUGAAUACGCACGCAGCCUUUGCCGGAG